AUGAUUUUCGUCGAGAAGUAUAUAUGCAACUCACGUGAGCUUCUUCCUGGCAGACAUCUUCGUCAAACUUUCAAUUUAUCUCUUGAAAGAAUAGAUAUAGUAUUCUCGACAAGACAGAAACAGAUGUCGGUCUCUGUCAAAAAGCUGUGUGAUGAUUUAGAAGCAGCUUCGAAACUUGAAAAAAGAGGAAAAGCCUUUAAAAGGAUUUGUGAAGUCUUCAACAGCGAUGCGCAUGUCGUUAGUUGGAAGUUCAACGAAUGGGAUUACGGGAAAAACAGCAUCCAUCUACCCUGCAAUGCGCGCGGUUUAUUUAUUUCAGAAAGUCUUGAGGAUCCCAGAAUAGUUGCCCGGGGUUAUGACAAGUUUUUCAAUAUUGAUGAGGUGUAUUUUACGAGAUGGGACUGGCUCACUGAAAAUACCAAGGGUCCUUAUGAGAUUACUGUGAAGGAGAAUGGAUGCAUCAUCUUCAUUUCUGGGCUAGAGGAUGGAUCCUUGUUGGUCUGUUCCAAGCAUUCGACAGGUCCACGUGAUGAUGGAAGUCGAAAUCAUGCGCUGGCAGGUGAGAAAUUCCUACGUCGGCAACUUGAAGCCCGAGGAAUUAAUCCCAUCACACUCGCCAGAAAACUAUAUGAAAUGAAUGCAACAGCGGUUGCCGAAUAUUGUGAUGAUAGCUUUGAAGAGCAUAUCCUUGAAUAUUCUAAAGAUAAAGCAGGCCUAUACUUGCACGGAAUAAAUCUAAACCAGCAAAGCUUUUCAACAUUGUCGAUGAAAGAUGUCCAUGAAUUUGCCGAAUGUUAUGGGUUUAAUUGUAUUGAGUAUCUAACAAUAGAAUCAUUAGACUCAUUAAAAGACUUUCUUGAGCAUUGUUCAACCACAGGCUCAUAUAAAAAUAAAGAGAUUGAAGGGUUUGUCAUUAGGUGCAAAACCUUGGAUGACAGUGCAUUUUUUUUCAAAUACAAGUUUGAGGAGCCUUACCUGAUGUAUAGGCAAUGGAGAGAGGUAACCAAGGAUUAUAUUAAAACAAAGUCUCGUAUUUUCAAAUUUAAAAAGCAUAAGUUUAUUACGAACAAAUAUCUCGAUUUUGUUAUUCCCCUCCUCCGUAAGAAUCCCAAACUAUGUGAGGACUUUAUGGCUGAUAUUGGUAUCAUUAAGCUGCGCAAAAUGUUCUUGGACCACUAUGGUUUUUCGGGGAUUGAAAUUCUAAAUCAUGAAAGAAUUCAAGAACUAGAAUUACAAAAUGCUGUUGAUUAUGAUAAAGUGGAUGAAAGCACCAAAUUUCUGUUUUUUCCCAUCGCUACAAUUGGUUGUGGUAAAACUACCACGGCUUUAACGCUUACGAAUCUUUUUCCAAAUAGCUGGGGUCAUGUUCAAAAUGAUGACAUUACUGGAAAAGACAAAAAAAUGCUGAUGAAGAAGUCUUUGGAACUACUGGCUAAGGAUGGCAUGAAGGCAGUCAUUGUUGACAGGAACAAUCACCAAUUUCGUGAAAGACGGCAACUUUUUGAGUGGUUCGAGGAAUUAAAAGAAGAUUAUUUACCUUACGAUUGCAACGUUAAAAUCAUAGCAUUGUCUUUUUUCCCAUAUGAAGAAAUCAGCUCAGUGUAUGAGUUGGCUGUCAAGAGGGUACUCGAGAGAGGAGACAAUCACCAAAGUAUCAAAGCUUCUGCAAAAGGUGAGAAGAAGGUCCUGGGGAUAAUGCGGGGUUUCGUUGAUAGAUAUCAACCUGUAGUUCAGGAAAAAAGUCCAGACAAUCAAUUCGAUCUUGUUAUUCAAUUGAAUGUCAGGGAAAAAGACUCUUCCCUUUCUAAUGCUGAAAAUAUUCUAAGGGAGUUACAUCGCCAUUACCCAAUACUAAUCCCACAACUUCCAACGCAUGCAACGAUCAGGGAGGCUUUGCACAAAAGCCUGCAAUACAGACCUUCUGUAACAAAAAUCGUGAAGGGAGGGUCGAGAAAUCAAAAUAAAGAUAGUAAGUUUAAACCAGUCUAUUUUUUUGCUGGAAUUCGGAAUAAAAAUGUGCUCAUUGACUGUGUCUCAAGCCUAAUUGAGGAAAAGGUGAAAGAGCCAUUCUUGGAACAGAAACUACAGAGAGCACUCGGUAGCGAGAAAACACAACCAGAGUUUCAUAUCACUCUUUGUCACGUUGUUUCCGGUAAGAACGGUUCCAAAGAGCAAAAGGAUAUGUGGUGUGAGUUCAACAAACGCUAUAGUAAAAAACUAUUGAAAUCAAAUUCUUCUUCUGAUGUGCGGGGAAGUUCGAUGAAAACAGGUGAUGUUGUCAAAUUUCGGCUACAUAAAUUAAUGUGGGACGAUAAGAUAAUGACGUUACUCGUUCAGCUUGAAAAAGAAUGCGUGCACGAUGGAAAAAGUGGAGACAUAGUUCCACGACUUUCUUGUGCAAACAAGUUUUCUCAUAUCACCGUGUCAAUCUUACAACAAGGAGUUAAGCCGUUUUAUUCCAAUGAAUUAUGUGAAAGAAUGGAAGAGCUGCAUCCUACCGAAGAAGGGUGCUUUUCUGACGGUUUAAACUGCUUUGAAUUUUCAAAUCCUUUGGAGUUCGACGCUGAAGUAUGCAUACAACUUUGA